AUGUCUUCGUCCUCUGGGACCCCCGAGUCCUGGAUCUCCUCCUUCUGCUCGCUCCUGGGCCAUGAGUACUUCGCCGAGGUGUCGGAGGAGUUCAUCGAGGAUGAUUUCAACCUGACCGGCCUGCAAACCCAGGUGGCCAUGUACAAGGAGGCCUUGGAGAUGAUCCUGGACGUCGAGCCCGAAGACGAUGACGACGAAGAAGACGAAGAGGAAGAAGAGGAAGACGAAUCAAUCGAAGGCGCCGACCGCAUGCGACAGGGCGAACGACGAAAUCAUAGCCGUAUUGCUAGUGACCUCUCGGUGAUCGAGUCUUCUGCCGAGAUGCUGUACGGCCUCAUCCACCAACGGUUCAUCUGCUCCCGAGUCGGCAUUCAACAGAUGUCAGAGAAGUAUGAGCUGGGCCACUUCGGAGUCUGUCCGCGCAACCACUGCGAGCAGGCGAGAACUCUCCCCGUUGGUUUAUCCGAUGUACCGGGCGAAGAGACUGUCAAGCUGUUCUGCCCUUCGUGUCUCGACGUAUACGUACCUCCCAACAGCCGAUUCCAGACUGUCGACGGAGCCUUCUUCGGCAGAACCUUCGGUGCCCUCUUCUUACUCACAUUCCCCGAAUACGACCUCACAAAACGCGGCGCCGACGUCUUGGCAGGUGCUCGCGUUGCUGAAGACGACAAGGACAUGCUUAACGGCAUGUACCUGUGCAAUAUUGCUCCAGGCUUGGGAAAAGACAGAAUCUACGAGCCGCGUAUCUACGGGUUCCGCGUGUCAGAAGUAGCGAGAUCGGGCCCACGGAUGCAAUGGCUGAGAGAAAAGCCCGAGGAUUUGUCAGAACUAGACGAGGCGCGUCGAUUUGUGGAGGAGAACCCAGACAGCGACGAUGAUGACGAAAGCAUGAAUUUGAAUGGACGACCUGCACGGCGGCUACGACCCAAAAGACGACAGGGCCAAGGGGGAAGCCCAAUGAAUACGGAGACGAACGGUGCCGGAUCAGAGGUUUAG